AAAAACAAGCUUCUUCUUAUUUCUUCCACGGAUGAACAAACACCACAUCAGCGAGAGAAGAGCUGCUUCCACUCUGUCUACAUUUAUCAACACUUUCAUGUUAAUCUGAACAACAGACUUGUUGCGGAGGGAAGAUGUGUCUACAGUCUGAUCACUGAUGAUUGGAAUAAGGGACUUUUUUUUGGCGGCUAUUUUGUGGAUUAUGACUGAAUGAUAAUAUCUCUCCAGAUAAUAGACAUGGAUAUGAGAAAUAAGACACCAAUCCUUGUCCUCCUGAUUAUCUACAUAAUAAACCGUGUGUCAGGGCUUGACAUCCCUAAGCCUGACAAACUGGUGGUGAAUAUUGUGGAUGGGGAGGUAUUAGUGCAUUGGAAACAUCCUGUGGACGCCCCCUCAAACUCCCAGUACAAUGUAGAAAUGGCAAAGUAUGUUUGUGAUUGGGCCAUGGUUGUCGGCUGCACGGGGAUCAACAAUACCUACUGUGACCUUAGCAGCGUUAUACAUGACUAUCGCACAAGCUACAGGGUCAGAGUUCAGCUGGUUGCAGGAGUUAAUGAGUCUGCGUGGACAAGCAAGAGAUUUCAACCAAAUAGAUGUGAUCUGCAGCCUCCCUCCUUCAAUUUGUGGGCUACUUCCAGCACUCUGACAAUUUAUGUUCACCAAAAACCCAUUCUGGAAAUACUCUUUCCUUUUGGGGUCCAAUACACCAUCUACCUGGAGGAGAGGGGAGGAUAUCAAAAGAAUAUCACAGCAUACCUGACCAAUAAGGUGGGGGAGGAUCAGAGGACGAAGUCUUUCAGUUCUCUCCGCUGGGGGAGAGAGUACUGUGUAAGCAUCAAGGUAGAAGGCAGAGGAUCUGAGUCCACCAGCGGCAUGUCCCCUAAACAGUGUCUGCUGCUGCCAGAGCAAAAAUGGUUCAUAAUUGCAGUGUCAUCCCUAUCUAUUCUGGGUGUUGCUAUCAUGGCAGGCGUCCUCCAGUGUUACCUGAGACGUUCAGAGAAAACACCUGCUGCAUUGAAAUCGCCUUUAAGUGGCUGGCAACCACUUUCCAUUGGAGAAGGGACUGUGGAGGUUGUUACAGACAAAGGAUGGUUCCUGUCCAGCUACAGAACAGAAGUGAAAAACUGUGUCGAAGACCCAGUGACACUCAUUAUGGUAACAGAGGACGAUGAAGAAGAGGACAGGAGGACCAGCAUGGACAGCGGGGUGGGCAUGGAGUCCAACUCUUCUACAAAGAGUGAAGGAAGUCCUCCAACGAGACAAGACGACAGUGGCUUUGGGAGCUUAGGAGGACCAGAGAGCUCCACUAGCUGUCAGACAGAUUACCCUCUGCAGGAUGAAAGGACUGAUGCCAACAUGGCUAGGAAGAGGGACGAUAGUGGGGUGGGGCUGAGCUGCCAGCUUGAAUCUUCUUCCAUAAAUCUGGAUGGACAGGACAGUGUAUCUCUAAAGUUGGCUGGGGGUAGUUAUCGCAGCCAGAGUCACUCCGCCGUGCAGAAUCAUGUCUGUGAUGACGAGGAGCUGUUUAAACAGAUGCUUCCUGGCUCCCUUUUGGCCGAAGUGGUCACAGGUUACAGGGCUGGGCCUCAGUCGUGUAUCUGCUCAGGAGCAGGUCAGUGCACUUGGUGCCAUAAACAAGGCCAUUAUGGAACUGAAGUUAUCAGACAAUACAGAGCAAUGCGUAUUGAUCAUGGACUACUGAGCAGCAAAUGUGAUUUUGCAGACUCUUACAAAGGGGGGCUUAAGUUUUCAAAUUACUCUAAAAAAACACAAAUGGACACUGUCAUGGUGGAUGACUUGGACACAACUUGUAUACAACUGGGGGAGACUUUCCCUCUGCUAACAGCUCUAUCACCGCUGCCUCUGGUGGAGGGAGGACAGGACUUCAACAUGAACAAUGUGUCCCUCUCUCUCUGUGACGUACAGCUGACGACUGAGUGAUAUGCUGUGGAAUGCUUUUUAUAAAAUCAUGCUGACGUAACCUGUCUGAGUGCUUUUUUGUAGAAAUACAACUCCUUUUCUUA